AUGCCACAAAUUGACUCUAUCUAUAUCUUCUGUGGCAAUAAGUCAAGACACGAACAAUGGGCUAAAGAAUGGCCCAAAGUAAAGGGUGUCUAUACAGAUAUACUACCCAUUCGUGAAGCACUGAAACAACAUACUCGUCAAUGUGACCAAGAUUCAAUGUCGAUUCGUAUCACAAAUGCCCAAAAUCCGAAUGAACUCGAAUCAACAUUUAUGUAUACCACAUUAUUCAAAGAGAUUAUUCUGGAAAAUGAAUAUGAUGAACAAGCAAUCAAAACAUUGGCCGAACAACUUUUUAUCGACGAGUACAAUUCGCAACGUCCCGUAUGA